AUGACUGCUUCACAGUGGCAAUUGGGCGCCUUGGCCCUUGAUCUUUCCGACCGUGUGGACUUGCGUUGCCUACAGAGUUCCUCAUCCAUGGCACCCUCGUCGUCUCUCAAUCCCACCAGCUCCGCUGCUGAAAGGGGAUCCACUACGCAUUCGCAGCUCGACCCGUCCUUGCAGCAUUUCACGAAUCCGUCCUUCGAUCCGAUCGAUUUUCUGAAUGAAUCGCUUCCGCCGUUGACGUUGGCAUCGUCUCAACCCCAUGCCUCCAGAGCUCCGGGCGCUGUCUCUCUGGCAGAGCUCGCCACCAAAAGCCAGUCCCUCCUCUCCCAGUUGGGUGCCCAGAAUGUCCGACUGUCUGGAAUCCUGACCCAGCUCACAGAAGAGAUUUUACGAAGUGGUGGACGGCUAGCUUAUGAAGUCGAGGUUCUUCGGGGCGAAACGAUCGGUCUCGCGGAUGCCUUGGCGGAAACCUUACACGAUGAUAUCACAAAGUUCAUUCCUGAGGGGUUGGACACAAGUAUUACGAAUGAGAGCGUCACCGAAGACCCUUUGAAGCCUGCUGCAGUUACCGAUGCUACAGAGGAUCACAACAAAUCAGAAACACAGAGCACCGCUAAGGAGCCGCCAUUCAUCACGCAACUACGAAUGUUAAGCCAGGUUCGUGCCCGGCUGGAACAAGUAGUGCAGACUUUUGGAGAGGCUAUGGAAUGGCCGCUUGCGCCCUCCGAGUUAUCGCUCACUUCUUCAUUUAUCUCCGUUUCGGCCCCAGAGCCCGGGCCGGAUAACCAUAGUCGAGAGGAGAAAGGACAGGAGGUGGCGAAGAAACUGCGCGCGGAGAUUACAGAGCUCUUGGACAGUAACGGUGGAGGAGAAGCCGGGCUGGCGGCUGCUACCAAACGGGUGGAAGCUUUACGGACCCUGGCGACGGUAUGGAAGGGGACUGUGGAGGAAAAGGCACGGAAUCGAUUCGUAGACAGUCUUGCAAAGAUUGUAGAGGACCGCCGCAAGACGCUGGAGAGCCAGUCGAAGGAGCGAGAGCAGCGGCGGGGAGGCUUAGACCGAACGUCGUCCAGGAAAGGCAGAUCGUCGAUGGAUCAAAGCGCCGAAGAGCGAUCAAGCAAUGACAGUGGAGGGCCUGGAGGAGGUUUGUUUCGCAAUCUGCAGCGCAUCCGCGACGAGAUCUACCUCGAAUAG